ACGCGGCUACGGGCUGAGGAGACACAAGAGAAGCUGCUGUCGCCAGUGUCGGAGCCGCCACCGCUGCCACCGCCUCUUGGAAUCGCAGGAUACUCCGCUUCGCCGCCGCCCAGCCUGCCGCGACAUGCCGUCCGAGAAAACCUUCAAACAGCGCCGAACCUUCGAACAGAGAGUAGAAGAUGUCCGGCUCAUCCGAGAGCAGCAUCCUACCAAAAUCCCGGUAAUAAUAGAACGAUACAAAGGUGAGAAGCAGCUUCCAGUCCUGGAUAAAACGAAAUUCCUGGUGCCUGAUCAUGUCAACAUGAGUGAGCUCAUCAAGAUAAUUAGAAGGCGCUUGCAGCUCAAUGCUAACCAAGCCUUCUUCCUGUUAGUGAACGGACAUAGCAUGGUGAGUGUGUCCACACCGAUUUGUGAGGUGUACGAAAGCGAGAAGGAUGAAGAUGGAUUCCUGUACAUGGUAUAUGCCUCUCAGGAGACUUUCGGAAUGAAGUUGUCUGUGUAAGACUAGAAAAAUGUAUCUGUGCUAGAAUUUUUUAAACCCUUACCAAGGAAUAAAAAAGGGAUGUUACCAACUGAGAUUUAUCAGCUCAUCUAAUCACAGAUCAUCCAAACAGUAGUUUUCCUGCCUAGGAGUCUUAGGAAGUUGUUUUUGUACUUCACGCAGAAAAACGGAGCUCCGGACGAGCACAUUCAGCUUUGGAAAACUUUAUUACUUAACCUAGGCUGUUUUGUUUUCACAUACAGAAGUUUAAAAAAUAAAAUACUUUGCAUUCUAAGUUGCCAGUAAAAUAGAUUUUCAAGUUAUUUUUAAUGCUCUUUUCCCAAAAGGAACUUAGAAUUUGAGCAUUCAGAGGGACAGUUAAGUCUUGUCUCUAGGUUCAUAGAACCUGCCAACUUUUUAUGGAAGGGUUUCUACUCAAGUAGAGAAAUCUUAAGAGGAUCUUUCAGCGUUAAGUUGUCAGGCAUGGCCACGUCCAUCCCAGUGUAUCUGCCAUAAUAGUUGGAAAAAGGGUGAAUUGGGGGUACACAGGAAACUAUAAGCCUGAGCUGCUGUGCAGGGUUCCUGAUCUGCUAAUAAGUGUAUUCCAGGUCAGCACUCAUGAGGAAGUUCUCAUUUGGUUACUUCUCUAGACAGUACAUGCAAAAAGACCACUGCUCAACAGGAACCUUGGAUAAUUGAUGAUUUUGGUCAAGUUUCUCCAAAGGCCUAGAGAAAGAAUGGCGUUUCUUCCGUUUUGGACAUUCUCUGCAGAGUCAAGAUACUGCCUGCUUUGGUCAACGCCAGGCAGUCACAUCACUUUCAUUCUUUAGGACAGGGUGGGAAACCACAGGAUUCAGAUGUCACUUCCUCUACCUUCUGGCUGAAACUGUAGAUGAUCCAUGUUUUAUGUUAAGUGUGUGACUAAAAUACGUAAUUAGACACUUUUAAUUUAAGAGUAUCUCAGUUACCACUGUUAGGUCAAGCAACCCUCAGUUUCCCCAUUCUAUGUGCAUGUCACUUUGGAAAAUAGCAAAAGGAAAAAAUGUUCUUUUACAGCUAUUAAUGGCAAAAGUUAAACAUGUUCAAAAGUCCAGCUAGAAUAAAUAACCAGUGCUUCCUGUUACCUGCA